AUGCAUCCGACUCCACAAAGAACAGAAGAAGUCGCAAGACCUAAAAGUCGAGAUGCCAUCCCGAUUCACCAUCUGCUUAACGCUCCUGAUGGUGAUGACCUGGUUCCCCGAUUCCCCAUUCGCGACACUCCUCCAGGACUGGGAGGUGAGGAGGACGAUGCGAGGGUCACCGAAGCAGAAGACUCUUCCGAGGCCUCACAUUGGAGCGAGGACUACGAAAACAACAACGUCUUCGCUGACGCAACCCUGGCCGACCUGGAUGUAGUGAAUUUUGACUCUUUCUUUGGAGGCUUCGAGAACUUGACAUUUGGCUCGUAUUCCCUAAACCCUGACAUAUCACACAUUACCAGCGUGACAGGUAUCGUAUCUGCCUCUGCCAUGGCGCUUGAAUCUCGCGCCUAUCAGAUUAGACAGCUGUUGAUGGGCGCAGCCGCCAAGUUUGCGGUGGAAUAUCCGGACAGUCCUCAGCUCCUGCACUUGGAAACAAACAUCGAACUCCUCACCCAUGUCGAAAUAGACCACUGCCUCAACCUAUUCUUUAAUAACUACUACCGGCACUGUCCGAUAGUCCAUCGCCCAACCUUCCAGCCCACUAUUGCCCCGAUUCCUCUUGUGUUGGGCUGUGUCGCCUUGGGGGCGAUGUAUUCGGAGCCGGCAAAGGUUGUCUGGAUGAAGAGUCUUCUGGACGUCAUGGAAACAUACAUCUUCUCGCUGCCAGAAGUGAGGGACGAGUUCUUUGGCGCCCUGGGGUGUUCGCAAGCGCCAGAUGAGGAAGCUUUGGAAUACCACUUUCAAAUGUUUCAAGGAGCAUACUUGUUUGUCGUCGUUCAAUAUUUCUCGGGGAAUCUCGCCGGUCGGAGGAGAGCGAGAAGGCAAAGGUUCCCUGUGGCCCUGAAUCUUGCUCGAUACUUCGGCUUGCCAGCAGCACAGCAUUCGAAUAUUGAUGCAAUAAUGGAUGAUCUCGCUUUUCAACGCUGGGUGCGGACUGAGGCCCGAAUUCGGACGAUGAAUGUCCUUCUCGCCCUUGACUCAGCCAUGGGCAUCUUCAACAAUGUCCCUCCCCGCAUCAACUAUUGCGAACUAGAUCUUCAGCUGCCAUGUCACCCCGAGUAUUUCGACUUGUCAAGCUACGCCGAUAUGUUACAGCGGGGUUCAUUUCCCCGUCCGCGCAUGAAAUUGAUCGAAGCUUUCCAGAAAUUAUUCGUCCAUCCCGGCGAACUGAAGGCAGCUUACCGGAACGAGAGCUUGUGUUGUUGGGAUAUGCUUUACCUUACCCACGUCUUGUAUACGCACUGUUGGCAGCAUCUCUUUGGAAACCCGCUCAAUCGGAUAUCGUCCACUUCACUGGCUCCUGAGCCACAUCUUGUAUACGAACCGAUGAAGACUGCCCUUGCAAACUGGAAGACUCUGUGGGAUGAUAUCCGUGCAAAACUGUCCCGCGCAAACGUCAGCGAAAUGGGCUUUGAAACGUCCGCCGACAGCUAUUGGACGCUUGUCAGAAUGAUCGUGCUGAAAUUUGAACGCAAGAAAAGCGUCAGCAGCGCCUCCAGUAGCAUAAACGGGGCCGUUUCUCACUCUACGGGUGUGUUUGUCAAAGAAGAGACGGGGGCCAGCGACGAUGGGAUGAGUGAGUCAAGCACAAAUGGGAAGGGCCUAAGCGGAGCAAGUCCCAGCUUAGACUUCAUGCCCCUCGAAGCGGAUUGUGACAGUCAAGGUGCACACUUGAGGAAGAUCCUCCAGAAUUGA